CCGGUAGGAGUGUCUCCAUCUCCGUUAUUAGAGACGUUGUGAUGUUAAAGUGAUGUCUGAUCUUUAGGAGACAUCGACAGCGAUGGAGCUUCUUCCUCUUCUGUGUCUCUGCCUCCUGACUCGCUCUGGAAUCACGUCUGCUCAACUAAACGGGCCACCAUUGAUUAAAGUGGAACAAGACAGAGAUGUUGUGUUACCCUGCUCCCCCAGCACCAAGGAGAACAUUGAGUUUAAACUCUUUGACUGGAAGAAAGUUGCUCAGAAAGAUGCUGGAGAGAAGGAGGUGUUCAUGUAUGACGCAGGCAUUCAUUACAACAGCGGUCGUCCAGGUCAGAGUGAGCAGUUCAAAGGUCGAGUCUCUCAUUUUCCAGAUGAACUGAAACACGGCAACGCCUCCAUAAUCAUCAGAAAUACAAAGAUAUCUGACAGUGGAGAAUACACCUGUCAUUUUCCUCGUCUUCAGCCACCUCAAAUAUUCCACAUUAAGCUUGUUGUUGGUGCGUCGCCAAAACCAUCCAUCACAUCACCUAAGGAAACAAAGGACUGGUCGCUGCUGCGUUGUGAAGUUCAUGGCAACCCAGAACCUGAAGUAGAGUGGCAGGACAGUGCUGGAAACAAACUACCUGCUGAGAAGCCCCAGGUCGAAAAAAUAGGAGACCUUUUCUACAUCACUCUCAACGUAACCGUGACCAAGAGCGACCGCUAUCGCUGUGUAGCCACACAGGAGACAAUCAGCCAUCAGAUUUCUGCUGAGACCGAUGUGUAUAUCAGUGGUGCAUCUCCAAAACCAUACCUCAACAUACUUGAAACAAAGGAUGGAGUGCUGCUGCAGUGUGAAGUUCUUGGUGCUUCUCCAGAACCUGAAGUAAAGUGGCAGGACAGUGAUGGGAACAUGAUUACUUCUGAAGAACCACAGGUCACAAAAAAAGGAGGCAGCUACGACGUCACCCUCCGAGCUUCUGUGACCAAAACUGACCACUAUCGCUGUGUUGUCACACAGAAGACGAUCAACCAUUCCAUUUCUGAUAAGAUUUAUGUGCCUCUAAAUGCUGGAUCGCAGACACAUCCUUCAGAUCAAAACUUGAGGAAAGUGAUGAUUGGAGUUGCUGUUGGAGUUCUCGCAGAAUUUCUGUUUUUGUAGGUGUUCAUCUAGCUCCGCCUGGAAAUGACUCUAACGGUCUACGGUUCAUUGUGAGACAAAAGUGACCUGGCCGAAAAGGAGCCAGAGCCCCAAUCAACACCAACUUUAAAGUUCUCUGCAGAUGUGUGUGGUAUUGUACUUGUUUUCUAGCGAGGACCGCUUUGAAUUUUAGAACAAAAGAGUGAGGACAUUUUUAGAGAUUGAGGACAUUUUCUCUUCAACUUCUUAAAAGGUCAGUUUGAGAGUUAAGACCUAGAAUUGAUAAUAUUGAUAAUGUUAAAAAAGCAAAUGUGAAAGACAGAAAUGUUGCACAUACUCACACACAGUAUGUGCAACAUUUCUGUGGCGGUAUAUUGACUUUUCACAAGAUGUGGAAUGAGAAUUUAUUGAUAUGUUGAGUAUAUAUUGAUAUAGUGUUACAUAUAUGACAUUUUUUCUGCUCAUUGAAUUCCCAAAAGUCUCUGCUUUCCAGUCAGAAGUCAGUGUGCAGAAAUAUACAAAUACACCAUUUUAGGUGAAAAUACAGUACAGGCCAAAAGUUUGGACACACCUUCUCACUCAAUGUGUUCCUUUAUUUUCAUGACUAUUUAUUUUGUAGAUUAUCACUGAAGGCAUCAAAACUAUGAAUGAACACAUAUGGAAUUAUGUACUUAACAAAAAAGUUACAAGAUACAAUGCAAACCCUUUGUGUUCUCUCAAUGAGCUUCAUGAGGUAGUCACCUGAAAUGGUUUUCACUUCACAGGUGUGCUUUGUCAGGGUUAAUUAGUGGAAUUU